AUGGAGGUGAAGAAAUGUGAAAGAGGAGAGGAAGAGAUCCUGGGCAUGUUAGCAGCGAGUAUCACUCCGAGAGGAGAAGUGGAAGAGAUGCUGAUUGCGAUCUCCCCACGAAAAGACUGUCGACUCAAAAUAUCGAUGCCUCCUCCAACGGUCGAAACAGAUGAGGAGUUGCUGGUGGCCAAUUUCGAUGGAUCGGCUAGGAUAAAAAAGAAAGGAGGGUCGUUCAGUGCCGUGAUAUGGAAGUUACCCGAAUGGACGAUCGUGGCGGCCGAAUCGAGAUAUGUUCACGAUCUGACUGUGAAUGAAGCUGAGUAUAAUGGCUUGCUAGUGUGCUUUGAGCUACUCGCCGAUAUGGAUAGGGGGCGAGUAAUACUGUGUGGAGAUUCCAGUCUGGUGAUUCGACAGAUGCGCGGUGAGAUCGACUGCAAGGCACCGGGCCUUCAGCUUCUGAGACACAAAGCGUUGGAGAAGCUGCAGUCAUGGCCUAGUCACGAGUUUCUGCAUAUGAAGCGAGAGUGGAAUCAGAGCGCAGAUCGACUAGCCAGCACAGCAUUGCAGAGCGAGAAGGGAAGAACGGUUGUAGCUGAAGAGGAUCGGCAAGAUCUGAUGACUCUGAACCGUCUCGAUGAAUUGCUGAAGCCCAAGCAAGAUGGUCAGCUAGCUCGGGUAACUGCGAUCGCGAGAUCAGCCAGGAGGAUACGUCAUGAACCUGAAGUGAUACAGGAGGAGAUAGUACAGAGGAUCAGGAUUAAACGAAUUGUCCAAGCUCAAGAUGAAGAGCGUUGGAUUGUCAAUCUCAAAACAUAUCUAAGUGGCGAUGUAUCAAACUUGGAUGCGGUAGAAGUGAAGAUGUGCGCCAAACUGGCGCCGGAAUACGAGAUCGAUGAGAACAAUCUGCUAUUUUUUUGCCCCAUGGCGAAAAGAGAGUCGGAAGAUCGCGAUGGUUUGAUGCGGUUGGUGAUCCCUGAGACGUUGCAGCAGGAGUUUUUGCAUCACUAUCACACGAGUCUGGAAGGAGGCCAUCAGGGUAUUGGCCGAACCUAUUAG